AUGGCCGAAACCGAUGAUUACGUGCUUGGACGAGAUUACGCAGAGGGGUUGAGACUAGAAACUCAACACCUUUUAUGGAAUAUCCACAACGGCUUCACAAUCGACCCCAAAAUUCCAAUUACUCCCCAGACUAAGAUUGCAGAUCUGGGAACCGGAACAGGUGUAUGGCUUUUGGAUGUGGCCACUCAGGUUCCACCGACCGUACAGCUUGAUGGGUUCGACAUCUCGGACGAACAAUUUCCUCACAAGUCUAACGUGCCCGAUAACGUGAACUUUCGAAUCACGGAUGCUCUAUCCAAAGUUCCUGAUGAUCUUCUUGGAAAAUAUGACGUAGUUCAUAUUCGGUAUCUCGGACCUAUAGUGAGAGGGGGUAAUACCGAGCCGAUAAUUCAACACGCAAUACAGUUGCUAAAACCGGGUGGGUAUUUACAAUGGGAAGAAGGUGAUCUUAGCCCUAAAAAACUAUGUAUCAAAGGGCCCGAAGCGGAGGCCUUUUAUACAUUUGCUAGUCUGAGUUACCGCUCUUCAAACUUUACCUUCUCAUGGGUAGAGGAUCUUCCGAACAGAGUAAAUCGGGCCGGUUUAGAAGUCUUGAAAUUUAGAAUGGAUCCUUUCUCCAAGGCCAUGGCUCCACUGGCAACUAGAACUUUCGUUCUGGGCCAUAUUGCGGGCACAAAUUCUCUUUAUAAGAUCGGCCAUGAGUCUCUACCACCUCGCCAUGAAGUCGAUGCUUUAUUGGCGGCCUUAAUUGGAGCGGUUAAGAAUGGGGCGGCGUAUUAUCAGACACCAGUCAGUUUACUCGCCCGAAAGCCUGCUUGA